AUGAAUUUCUCCACUCGCCACUACGUUAUGAUUAUAUUUGUCGUUCUAAACCUGGUCAAUCAAGGUGCCACUCAAGACGGCUCGGGUGUCGUGUGUGCAUGGUCCUUCAGCAAGAACGUCGAUACCAACCGGUCCGUUUGCAGUGACGGCAUUUAUAGAUACGUCUUUGCCAAUGAUUCAUGUCACCGCACUAAGCCAAGUGAACCUACUGCGGGCGUUGAUUGUAAGACGCCCCCUCCCGAGAACGACCCCACCGACGGCGUCACGUGCGACUGGUAUGACCUUGUGCAUAACAAAAAGGAUUGGACUCGUGAUUACUAUACUUGUACACAACUCCCUGCAGACGACACCCAGUCAGAAGGAUCGUAUUUUUGUGGAAGUAUGAAUAACAUUGAACAUUGUUACGGUAGCUACAUCUCCAAGGAAAAACUACCAUCGGUAAUCAAUUAA